AUGAAUACAAGUACAUAUAGUAUCGAGAAAACAGAUAGAUUAAUCAAUGGAAAGAAUGUCUUGAAAUUCAGUAGUGCUACAUUUUAUCUAAUAGUUUUAGUUCAUAAUCAUUUGAAAGAUAAAGAUAAUGAACAACACACAAAUAUCAUAUUAAUCGGAAAUAUUAAAAAUAAUGAUGAGAUAGUAGUUCCAGAUACAGUCGAUACUCAAUAUCAAUUAAUAAUAAUCUGUUCUAAAUCACUCUUAAAUCUAUCGAUACUUUUAAACAAAUCAGAAUCAUACACAAUCAAUCUUCCAAUAAUAAGUCAAUUCAAACACAAGUUUGACUAUUAUAAACAAAGACACAUCAUUAAAAACAAACGAUAUCAUUCAAUAUCAAGAUUUACAAACAGUAAUAAUAUCAAUGAUAUAAACUAUAAAGAUAAUCAGAAAUCUUAUGAAAGAGCUGAGAAUGAAAUCAAAGCAAUGAAAUUACUCAAAGGUAAUCAAAGAUUUGUUCAACUUUUUGACUAUCAUCAUGAUAAAGACAAUCAAAUCUUUCAUAUCAUCACUCAAUAUUGUUAUGGUGGUGAUCUUUCUCAAAAGUAUAAACAUUUAGCUGAUCUAAAUCUAUAUGAAUAUAUUACAAUGAACCACUUUUAUAUUGAACAUAAAAAUAGAAUCUUUAAAGAAUCAGAUAUUUUUAAAUAUAUUUCAGAACUUUUCAAUAUUCUUUUGGAUCUUGAUAAACAUGGAAUUGUUCAUUGUGAUAUCAAACCGUCAAACAUAUUCAUUGGUGAAGGUGGUUCUUUGAUUCUUGGUGAUUUUGGAUGUUGUAAAUUCAUUGAUCAAUCAACAAUCAUUGAACAUCAAGAUACAAAUGUAUUUUUCAAGCCAUCUGUUGUCAUAACAAGUGUUUCGAAUUCGAAAGAAAUAACAGAUCCAACUAUUUCUGAUAUUCAUUCAAACACACUUAUAAAUGCAACUCGUGGAACAAUUGGUUAUAUUUCACCAGAAGCAAUGAACAGACAAUAUGCACAAUCAUGUGACAUCUUUUCAAUUGGAUCAACAAUUCUCAAAUUAUUAUGUUGUCAUCAAGAUGAUCGAAAUAAUCAUCAACUAUUCCAAUCAACUGGUGAAAUUAAGAUUUCAGAAUUCAGAUAUUCAAAACAAUUGAUUGAUUUGAUUCAUCAAUUGUUGGAUCAGAGUCCAAAGAAUAGAGAAUCAUUGAAUCAAUUAUUAAACCAAUAUAUUGAAACCAACACCAAUCAACAUUCAAUUACAUUCAAUUUAAAUACUACAUUCAAAAAUAGAUCAGUCAAUAUCACUGAAAUCAAAUUUGGUGAUGAAUUUAAUCAACCUUUGCAAUCUAAUUCACUCCCUCCAAAUCUGACAUCAUUAUCAUUUGGAUCUAAAUUCAAUCAAAUAUUAUCAGUUGUUGGUGUUUUACCUAAAUCACUUAAAUCAUUAUCAUUUGGAAAUGAAUUCAAUCAAAUAUUAUCAGUCGGUGCUUUACCUAAAUCACGUAAAUCAUUGGUGUUUGGAUAUUUAUUCAAUCAAAUAUUAUCAGUUGGUGUGUUACCUGAAUCGUUGGAAUCAUUAACAUUUGGAGAUAAAUUCAAUCAAAUAAUAUCAGUUGGUGUGUUACCUAAAUCACUGAAAUCAUUGAAGUUUGGUGUUAAAUUCAAUCAAAUAUUAUCAGUUGGUGUGUUACCUGAAUCGUUGGAAUCAUUGGAGUUUGGUUGGGAAUUCAAUCAAAUAUUAUCAGUUGGUGUGUUACCUGAAUCACUGAAAUCAUUAUCAUUUGGUCGUAAAUUCAAUCAAAUAUUAUCAGUUGGUGUUUUACCUAAAUCACUUAAAUCAUUGGAGUUUGGAAAUGAAUUCAAUCAAAUAUUAUCAGUUGGUGUGUUACCUGAAUCACUUAAAUCAUUGAAGUUUGGAAAUGAAUUCAAUCAAAUAUUAUCAGUCGGUGCUUUACCUAAAUCACGUAAAUCAUUGGUGUUUGGAUAUUUAUUCCAUCAAAUAUUAUCAGUUGGUGUUUUACCUGAAUCACUUGAAUCAUUGGAGUUUGGAGAUAAAUUCAAUCAAAUAUUAUCAGUCGUACCUCAUCUCUGCAAGAAAGAACAGGUUCUUCGAGGUUGUUUCACCACCGUUAAAGGUCACCGUGUCCAUAUUCCAAUGGAUUUUAUCUUUGCAGAUGUGGACCCUAAAGUAUGUAUCAUCGGCGUAGAUUCACUAGCCAAACUAGAUUUUAGAAUUGUCGAUAAUACACUCACUAUUUCUAAUAAUAUAGUAAAAACAUUCAGAAGAGGUGCUACUAAUCAUAGUGCACUUCGUAACAACAUCGAUUUUCAUGUAUCUGGACGUAAAAGGAAAUCAACUUUGAAAUGUUUAUUUGCAUCAACUCAAAAAUGUGACAUUUUGCACGAAAUUACAAAAAUUUGUCACCAAAUCCACGUCACUAAAGAAAAAUUAAAAACUGAUUUUGAAAAUUUCCAUUUUGGGAAUUUCAAUAAAUUUGGGUACUCUCCUAUGACCAUGGCUACACUUAAUCCAAAUAAUCCUACUAACUCUGGCAUCGAACAUAUUAACACCGCUGACAUUGCUGAUAGUUACUUGGUAUGGAUUGACCCUGAUGACGUGAAGACUACACUACCGACAGCUACUACUUUUACCACGAACGUCACCGCUGCUUCGGAGGAUGGUCUUGAUGGUGUUCGAGAGGACAUCAUUAACAUGUUGAAAAGCGAUUUCCAGGAUGUGGUAUCUCCAAUGACUUCACCACCACCAUUCCGAGAGGAUGUAGAUAUGAAGAUCAACUUGAAUGCACCUGUCCAGAAACAGAGGAUGUUCCCUGUUCCACAAUCACUGCUGGAGGAACUACACAACCAAAUUAAAGACUUGCUACAUAAAGGAUUCAUCGUUCCAUCUAACGCUGAAUAUGGUGCUCCUGUAUUGUUCGUCAAGAAGAAAACUGGAAACUGGCGUAUGUGCGUCGACUACCGCCAACUCAAUAAGUCUACCGUCAAGAACUCUUAUCCGCUUCCACGUAUCAACGAACUGCUCGACCGUACCAAAGCUGCUCACUGGCUAAGCAAGUUGGACUUGCUACAUGGUUACCACCAACUUCGCAAGAACCUACAAGACGCUGACAAGACCACUUUUCGUUGUCCAUUUGGUUCAUUCAAAUACACGGUUAUACCAUUCGGAUUAUCAAAUGCACCAGCGGUCUUCCAGUCUUUCAUGGAUUCUGUAUUUAAAUUGGAAGUAUUUCAGAAAUUAUUAUUAGUAUACUUAGACGAUUUAUUAAUCAUGACCAAUAAUUCUUCUAUUACUGAACACAUCGAUGGUAUCAAGCAUGUAUUCACAAUACUAAGAAAGAACAACUUACAUGUCAACUUAUCAAAAUGCACAUUCUUGGUUCGAUCUGUCGACUACCUUGGUCACAUGGUUGGUAAUGGCAAAAUAGACCCACUGCAGGACAAGAUCGAUUCUAUUAUCGCAUGGAAAGAACCGAACAACAAAGAUGAGCUACGUAGUUUCCUCGGUCUUGUUAACUACUACAAUAGAUUCAUUCCGAGGUUAGCCACUGUCCAAGCUCCACUCACUUUCCUGUUAAGAAAGUUCGCUCCAUUCCACUGGUCUGAUGAUUGCCAACUUGCAUUCGAUACUAUCAAAUCGGCAAUUAAAGAGAAGCCAUCGUUGUUCCCACCAAAUUACGAUCUUCCGUUUAUAUUUGAAUGCGACGCUUCCGAUGUCGGUACUGGAUAUCGAUUGUUCCAAUUGGUAGACGGUAAAGAGAACGUAAUCUGCUACGGUUCCAAGAAAUUGAAAGAUUCGGAAACACGUUAUUCAACACUGGAAAAGGAACUAUUAGCCAUCGUCACUGCGUUGAAAGCCAACUACUAUCACAUCUUCGGCAGAGAUAUCGAGAUUCGUACUGACCACAAGAACAUCACCUAUAUCAACGAGGCCAACAAGAUCGGUAUCAACCAAACUAUCAAUCGCUGGAUCGCACACAUUAAUCUUUACCAACCAAAGAUCAAAUUCAUCAAAGGAAAGGACAAUACGAUCGCCGAUGGUUUGUCCAGGUACACAUUCAAUGUAUCCGUAUCACUUAGUCAUCCAACGAUCGCCAAUGACAUCAUCGACGGUUACCGCAUAGAGGACAACUCCAAUCUUAGUAACGGAAUCACUGAUUACACGACAAUCAACGGUCUCCGAUACACCCACGACGUCAAAUGCUUCCAACGUAUUAACAUCGACUUCAUCCCAAAUUUACCAGUCGAGGAGUACAUGGGUAGGAAGGUCGACGCUAUUAUGGUCGUUGUCGAUGCUUUAUCUAAAAUGACCAUACUGAUUCCUUUAGGCUCUGACUAUACCAGCAAGGACCAGUUGACGAAAGCGUACGGUAUCCAUCAUUCUACUUCUGCUGUUUCAAAUCAGCAAGCCAACGGGCAGGCCGAAAGAAUCAUCCGCGCGGUCAAGAAUGCGACUAGAAAGCUUAUGGUUGAUGACCGUCUCCACAAUACUACUGGCUCCUGGUCUAAGCACAUCGAUACUGUCGAGUUUUCACUGAAUUCAACUGUUCAUUCUACUACCGAGUAUACACCGUUCAAGAUCUAUUUGGGACACAAUCCGUUAACACCACUCAACCUCGUCAAAGAAUCGGAUGCUCUGGUCGACGUCACAGAUAAACAAAUCAUCGAAUCUAUUAAGGAAAGGAAAGCAAUCAUUAAGUUAGUCAAACGGAACAUCUGUAUUGGAAAUCAAGAGAUGAGAUUUACAUGGAACAAAGAUGUGAUUGGAAAAGAUGGAAUAAGCACAAAGAAGAAGAAGUUUAAUUCGAAACACAUAAUGUUAUACGAUCCAAAGAUGAAUGAUAAUUUAAUUAAUGAUGUCGACGACUUAUUAGUCGAAAACGGUGCUACGGCGGAGACCGAUCGGGGUAGUACCGUUGGCGAUAGUUCAGACGACUAUGACGAUAGUCCGAGGCCUAUACGCCGUCACACACGGAGGGGGCUGAAAAAUGUCGAACGUAGUGUUGACAAGGAUGACAUGGAGGAUAAUGAAUUAAAUGACGAUGAUGAUAGCGACUACGAUAAUAACGAAGAUGAUAAUAAUAAUAACAAUUACAACAACAACAAUAACGACGACAUGGAUAUGAAUGACGAUGAUAGCGAUAACUUACUUAUUAAUAAUAAUAAUAAUAACUCUAAUAACUCUAAUAAUAAUAAUAACAAUAAUAAUAAUAAUAAUUUAAAUAUCGAUUAUUUAAAAUUUAUUUCAAAUGAUUCAAAAUUUCAUCAAAACAUCACUACACAUGAUGUCAAGGUUCUAGCAUACACCAAGUGGAGAAAGGAUAUUGUUGCCAUCCUCGCCAAGCGUAAGUUCACUCUUGGUAUUUCCAAACUAGCUCGUGUCGAAUACUUGGUUAAGGUUGGAAGAGCUCUCGCUUGGGUACCACUACCCGGUAAUACUCUAGCGACUAAGUUUAGCUCUGCUCAUUCAGUUCCAGAUCCUACAGACGGAUGA